AUGGAGGACAAUGAAGCCAAACAGCCACUCCUUCCAUCUGACAGCCAUCAUGAUUCUGACACAGAGAGCGCUGAUGGAGUCAACUAUGAUUCCUGUCAUGACAGUUUGUCUACCUCUCCGUUGGCAGUGCCAGCUUCUGCUAACAAAACGGGUGAUGGUAAAUAUGCCAGCAAUGGACCACUUUUGGAGAAGCUUCCUCCAGGACCUCGUUUCCAUGUAUAUAAGAGAAGAUGGUACAUGCUUGUUAUGUACAGUCUGUUUGGGUUCACACAAAGUGCUGUCUGGAACACCUGGGGCCCCAUAUCCACCACGUGUGAGGAGGCUUUUGGUUGGACCGAUGAAACUAUUGCCUGGUUGAGCAACUGGGGCUGUGUGUCAUUUGUGGCUGCAGGAUUACUGUUUCCUUGGCUGUUGGAUGCAAAAGGUCUGAGGUGGGCAACGCUGAGCAGUAUGUUUUGUAUCACUCUGGGUUGUGGCUUCAGAGUAAUCACGUCAGAACCAGGUCCUGCCACUAUACUGAUACAUGUGGGGCAAAUGCUGAAUGGCUUGGCUGGACCAAUUGCCAUGUGUGCUAUACCUCAAAUCUCAGCCUUGUGGUUUCCGCCCAACGAAAGGGUCACAGCAACAGCAAUAGUGACCAGCAUCAACAGUUUUGGAGUGGCUGUUGCCUUUAUCUUAGGUCCAUAUUUUGUGUCUGGAGGCCCACCAGAUCUGAGCAACAAUGAGACUAUGAAUGGAACUACGCCCAGCUUUUUAAUCACUGAGUCUCCCAAUGUUACAGAUGCAAGAAAACAUGAGGAAAGAGCUUCAGUGAUGCUUUACAUGUAUUAUGAAUGUGCCUGGUCAGUUUUGUUAUUUCUGGCCAUCUUGAUCUACUUCCCUGCAAAACCCAAACAUCCGCCUUGUGUGUCUGCAGCCUUGGAGCGAAGUGAAUACUGGCCUGGCUUAUGGUCGUUGAGGAAGAAGGGCUAUUAUCAAGUGAUAGCCAUUACAUACGGUCUGUCUGUUGGUGUGUUGACAAGCUGGGGCAGUGUGCUCAACCUCAACCUGAGACCUCUACAUAAAGUGUCAGAGAGUGAAGCUGGGUGGAUUGGCUUUCAUUCUAUAGUUGGUGGCUGUGUUGCUCCUUUGUUUAUCAUGAGGUUUGCAGAUGCAUUUGCCCGCAGAAUGAAACUGUUCAUAUUGAUAAUUUAUGUUCUUGGCGCCACCUGUUUCCUGACAUUGCCAUUGAUGCUCAUUGGUAUUAUUCCAUACUCCAGAGCUCUACUAUAUACAACAAUUGUUGGAGGGACCACGCUGAUAAAUGUAGCAAUACCUAUGAUCUUUGAGGUGGCUUGUGAGCUAGCCUACCCCUGCAGUGAGGGAGCUGCAAAUGGUAUUCUGACUUUCACAAACAAUUUUGUGGGUCUUGUGUAUCUGGCAGUGUUUGCAGUACCAAAUGUUGGUACCAUGUGGAUGAACUGGGCAUUGUUUGGAUUCACUGUGGUCUGUAUACCAAUGAUAGCCCUCAUCAAAGGAAGGUUCAACAGACUUGAGGUGGAUGAGGGUGUCAAUCCAGAGGUUUACUUAGAACAAGAGGUUGACGUGCCUCGUGACUACACUGUACAGGGCAUAGAUUGA